UCAAGUUCAAUUUUUUGGGAUUCCCUCCCACCCCCAUCACAUCUCGUGCUUUUACUUGCCAGUUGUGACUAUUUAACCCAGUUUACCUCUCCCUUUUUUGCGCUUCUGCGGCGCGCAUCGCAUCGUCCCGCGUCUUCCGCUUCUUCCUCUUUUCCUGCCGCAGCUCUCGGACUCCUCUCUCUCUCUCUCUCUCUUUCUCUCUCUCUCUCUGCUUCGUGGGUUUUAAAGGUUUUGUUGUUCUACUUAGCAGAAUGCGAACAGUUUUCUUGUGUCGUUUGUGCGGCCACAUGACGAGCUGCCCUCACCGUUUGUCUCCGGUCCUGUCUCCGGUCUGACGCGCCUGAACCUGUCCAUGGUGCUGAAAGGCAGUUUUUAUUUUUUCCUUCCCGAAGACGCUGGUGCGCUGUUAAUGCUGCUGCUCUCACAUUUUCAGAACUAGUCAUUAUUUCUGCCUCUUUACGGUUUCCUGCAGGUGAGAUCAUUUCUGUGGUUGCUGGUUCAUCGUUCAGGCUUCUGAACUCAAACCAGGAGGAGUUGGUUCCUAAAGGAAGCAAAAAGAAUCGAUUGUGACUCUCCCAAAAGAGACUACAGCGGCGGCAUCGAUUUAAGGAGGACUCAUCUUUUCAGACUUGACCAAAAAAAAAAAGAAAAAGAAAAUCGGACGCAUGGACGGUUGUUGUAAGGCAACUUAGCCUGGAGAUAUUUUCUCUUUAAAGAACCAGUGGGGGAACUGGAAAUAGUGGAUGAAUAAUCUUCAUUUGUAGCGUAUCCAAAAACAUUUUUCUUGGUGCGGGGAGGGGGGUUCUUUCUCUUCUACUGGAUCAACUGAGACUUUAACACCCCCCCCCCUCCCUCCCUCCCUCCCUAAAACAAAACUUGUCCUGAAUACCAAAUGGUAGUUUGAGGAGGCCUCGAUCAAGACAAUGGAGGCGUCCGCCAACGGGUCCAGUUUUGGCAUCGACUCGCUGCUGUCCCACAGGCCUGGAAGUCCGGUGUCCAAAGGGGACAGCCUGGUGGGGGAGUGCCGCUCACCUCUGGAGUUCAGCCCGCGAUCAGACGUGGAGAGCGGCUGCUCGUCGCCUCCGUCGCCGAGGAGGGAGUGCGCGGAGGAGGUGGCCCAGAGGCAAGGUCACGGCGUCGGCCUGCCGCAGCACCUCCAGCACGCGCAGAUAUCGGCGGGGUCGCAGCAGAGGACCGUGACCUCGUCGUUCCUCAUCAGAGACAUUCUCGCGGACUGUAAGCCUCUGGCCGCCUGCGCGCCUUACUCCAGCAAUGGACAGCCGACCCAGGAGGCGGGGAGGCUGGCCUCGAAGAUAGCGGACGACUUUAUGGAGAAAAUCCACAGCAACUCGUCGUCAGACAGCGAAUAUAAAGUGAAAGAGGAGGGGGACAGGGAGAUCUCCAGCAGUAGAGACAGCCCUCAGGUCCGGCUGAAGAAGCCCAGGAAGGCCCGGACGGCCUUCACGGACCACCAGCUGGCCCAGCUGGAGCGCAGCUUCGAGCGGCAGAAAUACCUGAGCGUCCAGGACCGCAUGGAGCUGGCAGCCUCCCUCAACCUCACCGACACGCAGGUCAAGACCUGGUACCAGAACCGGAGGACAAAGUGGAAGAGGCAGACGGCGGUGGGACUGGAGCUGCUGGCGGAAGCUGGAAACUACUCCGCCCUGCAGAGGAUGUUCCCGUCCCCGUACUUCUACCCGCAGAGCCUGGUGUCCAACCUGGACCCCGGAGCGGCCCUCUAUCUGUACAGAGGCCCCUCGGCGCCCCCUCCGUCCCUGCAGAGACCCCUGGUUCCGCGGAUCCUGCUACACGGCCUGCAGGGGGGAGGCGAGCCACCCCCUCCGCCGCCCCCUCUGCCCCCCAUGUCCGGCGUACUUCCUCGGCCAGCUCAGCAGCGGUGAGCCGGCCCCUGCAGAGCUGGGUUUCUUUUUUUUUUUUUUCUUCUUUCCUUUUGUUUUUUUGUACGCCGACAUUGGCAGCUUUGGACUCAUUGGAAGAAAUGAAACAAAGACAGAAAAUGAUAAAAACGUGACGAACACGAGAAGAAGAAGAAAAAAAAAAAAACUGUUCCAGGCCUUUAUGUGGUCCGAAAUGACCGACAGGUUGAACCCUGUGGACUGAAACUCAGACUGUCUGUGUGGAAGGAUUUGUUUUUUCCUGUUCAUUUGGGACAUGAGCUUUAUUUAUUAUUUAUUUAUUUUUCGAUAUGAAUCAAAGAAUCUAAGUUAUGUAUUUAUUUGAUCCAAGUUUCAGUAUUUUCAGUGUUUUCCCAACAAUAGAUACAAUUGUUGGUUGCACUUUGACCUACAGUUUAAUGCCAAUUAGACCCCCUGUUGGCAUUAUUAUUAUUAUUAUUAUUAUUAUUAUUAUUAUUAUUAUUAUUAUUAUGUAGGCGUUCAUGGGUAGUUGAGGCGGAAACAAACUAUGUAAUUUGAAUAUAAUGUAGUCAGAGGAUCCAAAGGAACAAUUAGUAUUUGUUUUUCUUUAUAAAUCUGUCUUUGUUUUUUUUUUCCUUUUCAAGUGAACAACAAGAUGAUCAGCAGUCAUAAACCUGUAAAUAAGAAUAUUUUGCAUUUUAUUCGAAAGAGACUGAUUUUAAAGAAACUUUUUUUUUCGGUUGUUGGUUUGUUUGAUCUAUUAGUGUGUCUUUUUCAGACCACGGUGAUCCAGUUUAACAUAAUAGGCUAGAUUAGCCAUCAGAAACUAUACAGGCGAACGAGUCAGAAUAAGAAUAAAAUUAAAAAAUUAAAAAACAGGAAGAAAAAAAACCUAUUUGUCUGAGAAAGGAUGGACUACCUGCCUGGACCCACAUGUAGGCACCAACACGAGAGCUACGGAAAGAAAUAAAUCUAUAUAAAGUCUUUUUCUUGUUCUUAGUUGAAGUUUUAGCGGAGUAAAAAUGUCAAGUAAUUUAUAAAAAAGCAGUUUUAUCCCUGCGGAGGGGGAAACGGAGGACGCAAUCACCUCAGUAAUGUUUUUAUUUUGUAUUCUUUUCGAUAAACCAACCGAUCGGACUCGUGUAUCGGGUCCACGUCCAGGUGUAACUGCCUGUUGAUUUGCUAUAGAUGUAUUUGAACAGACGUUGUGCAUUAUGUUAUUUCAUAUGAAGCCGUGAUAAACCCUUAAUUGUUAUACUCUCCUUUGGUGAAAAUGUAUAUUGCAGAUAUCAAACUUGUGGAGUGGUUCUCGUAUAUUUCCUGGAUCGUUUUUUUUUUUUUUUUGACUUUUUUUUUUUUUUCCCCCCCGUUCCUCUAGCUUCCCCCAAACUCUCUCUCCCCAUUUCGUGAAGUUCCCUUUUUUUGUGAAAUUCACAGCAAAAGUUGGACAGAAAAAAAAGGGGGGGGGAUUUGAUGUAAAAGAGAAUUACUUUUAUAAAUGUGGAAAUAAAAGUCUUUCAUUUAA